AUGGACCUGGGGUACUUUGCUCUCGCCUUUCCGCCGGGGCUGUGCCGCGGUGCCCCGCAGGCCCCGUACCCCCAGCGAGGGGACGACGCCUUCCUGGCGCUGGGCACCACGGCCAGCGCCGCGUCCCCCCCGCAGGCGCUGGGCUACACGGCCGCUGUCCCGGCGGCGCUGGGCCCCGGCUGCCGGCCGUCCCGGGGAGCCGGACCGCCGGGCUACGCUACGUCCAUCCUUCCCGGGAGCGGCCGCUCGCCGCCGCCCGACCCCCAGCGCCCCUGCCCCUGCCUCGGCGCGGGCGGCGGAGAGCUCCGGCACCUCUCGCCCUGCCCCGGGGCCGUCCCCGCGCCCGGCUGCCCGGCUCCCGCGGCGGCCCCGGCGGCGCCCCGCACCUUCGAGUGGAUGCGAGCGAAGCGGAGCCCGCCCGGGAGAAGUGAUGCGGUGCCGUGUGGGGGGGAAGCUCCCGCCUGCUCCGCACGCACCAGCUUCAGCACCCGGCAGCUCACGGAGCUGGAGAAGGAGUUUCACUUCAGCCGGUACCUGUCGCGGGCCCGCCGCCUCGAGGUGGCCCGCUCGCUGCGCCUCCGCGACGCCCAAGUGAAGGUCUGGUUCCAGAACCGCCGCAUGAAGCAGAAGAAGCGGGAGCGGGAGGCGCUGGCCGCGGCUGUCCCGGGCGGCCCCGCCUGAGGCUCCGCCGCUCUCACGGAGGCGCCCGCGGGGACGUCGGGGCUGGGCUGGAAGCUGCGGCCGGAGGGGCACCGGGCGUGCCUUCACGUGGGACCGCCGCUGUGCUGUGCCACUCUUUUUCUGUCGCAACUUUAUGUACACUUUUAUUUAUGAGGAUUCAGGGAAAACCGCCGGCCCGGAGCGCCGCUGCUCGGUGUCGGACCGGGCCGAGGCAGCGGGCGGGUG